AUUUGGUGCCGUCUAGACAGCUGGCACGAGCACGGCCAGGCUAGGUACAUGUGUAUGUACUAUUCUCUGCGCGCUCAAGACGAAGAGACGCGAGUAAUAGACGGCGUCGCUGGCGGGGGGGUGCCCGCUGCAGAGACUUCAUGGCAUGCGGUCAAGAGAGGAAAGCGCGACAUUUACUUGCCCGGAGCGGGCUGUGGCACAGGGGGGUCCCGGCGCCCGCAAAUGAACCGCCAUGCUAGAGAGGCCGGCGGAAUCCCGCCCACGAAUGCCAUGGUGGUGAUGAUGCUGGGGACGGGCAUGGGCACGACAGCAAGGAAGAGCAUGGCCAUGGAGCCGAUGCAGACAAUGGCAAGGCAGGGCCCGCCCGACGCGACGCAGACGCAGCCAAGGCCUCUGUGCGGGCAGUCUGGCUUGCAUGUCUUGCGCACAGCAACCAUCGUGGGUUGGUGGCCAGGAUCGGCAUCGUCAAGAGAAAUCGGUGUCAGUUCGGCUGGGGUGGGUAUCGACGGCGCCAGGCGUCUUCAUGUGCCCAGGUGUACAUUGUUCGUGUGUGCGGUGCAUGUGCCGGCGUGGACAUGUGCGUAUGAGAGAGAGUAA